AUGGUGAAGACAUGCAUUGGACGGCCUCGGACAAGGACACAGAAGAAGAAGUCAAAGACGGAUUGCGAUCCUCCACCGGAAGUGAUGGAGGCAAGAAUCGAAGAACCCGAACCAUUUCUCGAAAUAGAGAGGAAGAAGAAGAAAUUGGGCAUGGCGGUUCUGGAAAUAAUGGAGAGGAAGAAGAAGGUGGCGGUUCUGGAAAUAAUGGAGAGGAAGAAGAAGCAAUCGGCGGUUCUGGAAAUAAUGGAGAGGAACAAGGUGGCGGUUCUGGAAAUAAUGGAGAUGAAGAAGAAGCAAUCGGCGGUUCUGGAAAUAAUGGAGAAGAACAAGGUGGCGGUUCUAGAAAUGCAGAGGAUAAUGAGAUAG